AUGGCGGCGGAGAAUCUUCCCAGAGACAUCCUAGAAAACAUAUUUUCUCGCUUAUUCAUCAAAUCCACCUUGCAGUGCAAACGAGUAUGCAAAACUUGGAGAAGGAUCAUCGGCAACAAUGUAGGUCUCCUUUUCAUGUUUGAGAAAACUAGGUUUGGGGGUCGUCUGAUACAUCUCUGCUACGGAGAUCCCAAAUACGAAACUAAGAUCGAGAAAUACUAUUCUCUGAACACACUUGAAUCAUUAGUCCCUAAUGUCAAUUUAAAGCCCGAUUGCAUGGUUGGUUCAUGCAAUGGUUUGGUAUGUUAUAAAGCGAUAGAUCAUUCAAGAAGUUCUGAAGAUAGUCUUGGCUUUAUAUGUAAUAAUCCCAUAACUGGAGAGGUUGCUUAUAUUCCUGGAUUGGAGAACAAGGGGCGAAGUUUUAAACGUCCCACAGGAGGAUUCGGUUACGUUGGUUUAACCAAUGAGUAUAAGAUUGUUCGAAUCUACUUCAAGUACUGGGGGGGAAUUGUUCAGGUAUACACUCUCGGGAGUCACCUUGGAUGGAGAGACAAAGGAAAUGUCCCUCCCCUGAGUACCCUCUUCUCAGCUAAAGAGCCAGGUGUCUUUGCUAAUGGAGCCCUUCACUGGAUCAAUGGCCGUGACCUGAUUUUAGUAUUCGGUUUGGCUGAUGAGGAAUUUUGUUUCAUCCCAUCCCCUCUUUAUAUUUAUAAUAAUAACUGGGAAUGUUCCAAAUUCGAACUCAUCCUACUUGGAGGUAACUUAUGUGUUGUUCAGAAGGACUAUGAAUUUAUGAAUAGACGGCGGCUAGAUAUAUGGGUGUUUAAGAAGAAAGUGACUUGUGAUAUUAGUACUAGUUGUGGCAAAGCGAAAAGAAAACGACGAGAGAACUACUACGACCAGACAUGGAGCUGGAGUAAAGAGUACAGUAUAGAAUGGGAAGGCCAAGUUUCGUACACGCCGUUUGUCAUUACAAAGCUGAAUACAAUUCUAUUGUGGGAAAAUGGAACGAGUGAUCUUUACUGUUAUGAUCCUAAGACGUCCAUGUUGCAAAAAUAUUGUGCCGGAGAUUGCCCUGAUUAUGUGUACGUUCAAGCAAUACCUCACAUGAACAGCCUUGUUUCGUUGAAAGAGAUCGGAGAAACUUAA